AUGACUCAGAUGGACGAUUUUGAAAUGGUGUCUGACAAAGAUGAGAAAAAGAGUGAGAACAAAGAUGAGCUAGCCCUUAAAGUAGCGAUAAUAGGCGAUCUUGGUGUAGGAAAGACCACUGUCAUAAAUCGAUACGUUGAGUACACUGGACCCGUCCGAGAGCUUCAGUCCAAAAGUUUUAUAUUUGAAAGGAGGAAGGUCAAAUUGACUUUCCAAGACACGUGCGGGUCAGAGCAGAUGUCCUUUGUGACUUCCGCUUUUUAUCAAAAUGCAGUGACUUGUAUCUUUUUAUAUGACGUAUCAAACAAAGACUCAUUCGCACGUUUAAAUAUGUGGUUUGAUGAGUUAGUUCGAUAUGGUCCAAAUAAAGGCAUAAUACCAACGGUACUGUGUGGAAAUAAAUGUGAGUUGGAAGAUAAAAUUGAUAAAGAAGCUAAAGAUGCCUUCCUCGCAAAACACCCAAUGAAGGAGUACAAAAUAUCAACAGUCACAGGACAAGGAAUCGACCAACUAUUUAAUGAUAUACUACCCGGUGCUAUCGGAGAAGCUAUUAGACAACUCAAGUCACAAAAAAAGCCAAUCCCACCAGAAAUCAAAGAGAAGGGCGGAUGCUGCUCAAUACAAUAA